AUGUCAUCAGAAGUUAAUCCCGAUUGCGUGUGCACAGGCAACUUUCCCCCUGUCACCUACCCGGAGGUAGGCACCUUCACCGCUGAUCUAUGGUGUCAUCGCAGGGGAUUUCCACCAAUGCAUCCGAACCAAAUUGGUACCACGUUUCGCCUGUACACCCGCAAGAACCCGUCAUCACCGACGGUGAUAUCGACGUCAUCAUUGGGAUAUCCCUUCUCUGCCUCCAGUCCUACCAAGUUCAUUAUUCACGGAUUCACUGACAAGGGAGAAACAAGCUGGUUGCUGAAAAUGAAAGAUAAACUACUUAAAAAGGGUGACUUCAACGUUAUCGGCGUAGAUUGGGAAAAGGGAGCUAGUCCAAGUUUUAUUCCCGACUACUGCAAGGCACGCCAGAACAUUCGCGUGGUGGCCCGCCAAAUCCGCAAUCUCAUCAAGAAGAUGCAGUCCUCGUUUUGGGCCUUUAGCCUCAAUAACGUGCACAUUAUCGGACACAGUCUGGGUGGUCAGAUGGCCGGGUAUGUUGGCAAAGAGUUUGGUGGUAAAAUUGGACGCAUCUCUGGUAUGGAUCCCGCAGAACCUGACUUCGAAGGCAAUCAGAGAGGCUGCCGACUUGACCGGGGCGACGCCAAAUUUGUUGACGCCAGCCAUUGCUCAUUGUUUGGCAUAUUCCAGCCGGUGGGCCAUGUAGACGUCUAUCCAAACUAUGGCACCCACAUGCCCGGAUGUACCUCCUGGCCGGUAUUGGCGGAGGCUACGUGCGGUCAUAUGAAGGCCAUUGACUACUUCACAGAAACCAUUAACAACGACUGUGGCGCUUUAGCUUACCCCUGCACCUGGCAGAAUGGCCAAGGACAGGGAUGCAAAUACAGUGGUCAGAGUGGCGUCAGCGGUGUCAAAUUUGGUUACCAAGCCAACCAGACACCGUGGAGUAAGUAUGGUCUGUACACCAGGAUGACCAAUCAAAACUCGCCGUUUUGCAAUCCGAACAGCAAACCUUAAACAAACAAGUGAAUCAAGUAUAUGAGGUUUCCGAUUCAUCCAGUCUCGUCCCAGGUAUCGAUGACUUAUUAGAAAUUGGUUAAAUUAGAAACUUUUUAAUUAGUGACGAUGCAUAGAAUGCAAUUUAAUUGCAUGUUGAUAAACCAUUGUUGGCGUGAAUGGUAUACGUAUUGUCUUUUACUCGCCAUGUACACUCCUAAGGUGCCCCAUGUUAUCAAACUGGCCUGGCUUCUGGGAGUAUUUUCUAAAAAGGACUGCACACAUUUUUCAUACGUUACAAAACCAGCAAAAGGAACAAAGGCGCCACUGGCAGUUGCCAUGUCUUUUAAAGGGAGAUAACAGAACUGUGGCUACCUUCCCAUGCAAAUAGCCACUGAAACCCGAAGGGCAGUGAAUUACAAUACUUAACUUCUGCUGUAUGGUUUCCACUCUGCAAUCAUUUUUAGCUUCAAUUAAAAGCCACACGUUACUCUUUCCUGGACCAUCCUUUCAUGGAUGGAAAAUAAUUGUGCUUAAUCUCUUUAAACUCCGCAGAACAUGUAAUCAUUUGAACACUCUAUUGUCAUUUGUCAUUCAAUCCUACUUAUCAUUUGCGUUUGGAAAUUGCAUUUAAAAAUUAUCUUAUAUCAUAAAAUUAUUUACAUCUGAAUUUAACUGGAGUUAUUAAAUCAACACAAAGAAUUCGUGUAAAGCA